AUGGCGACGAAGUUACAAUCGAUGGAAAAAGAUGAUCUCAUCAAAGUGCUCAAAAAGACUUUGGAACAACAAAAACAUCUGAAAGAGCAAUUGGCACAAGCGACAAAAGAAAAGGAAGAUGCUCUAUCACAGCUCUCAGCUACGACAAGCAAUGAAACUGCUCUGAAAUCCCCAAAACAGGAGAACGGAUUCUCGAAUCAUGAGGUGGAUGAGCUACGAGCCGAGUUGAAAGCUGAGUAUGAAGCAAAGUUGAGUCGGGAAAAGGGCUUAACUUCGGAGGCGUCAAGCUCGCUGAAGGCAAUGAGCAUAGAGUUGGCUGAUUACGAUAAACAGAUCAAAUCCUUCAAAGAAGAGAAAUCGUCGAUGGCAACAAAAUUGGAGACGGCACUCAAAGAGCAUGACGAGUUGAGCAAGAGCUUGACCACUUGUCAAGAAGAACUGAAGAAUAGCAAUCAAUUCAACGUGGAUCUCGAGAAAGCGUUGGAGAUUGCGAAAAGAGAGGCUGAAGACUUGCGAUUGCAAAAACGAGAAGUGGAGACGUCGAAGAUGGAGUUGAUGCAGACGAAGAUCCACGAGGAUAGCCACAGUGUCAAACAAGUUCUCGAUCUGACAAACGAGCUCUCGCAGACGAGCCUACACAUCGAUAUGCUCAAGGCGUCGCUGGCUUCUGUAAAAGCUCAACGCGACUCACUCGCCUCGGAGACUCAAGUGCUUUCAGAAAAGCUAACCCUCGCUCAAGAAGAGCACACAAAAUAUAUUGCUAAAACGAAAUUGAUGUACAAUGAUACGUGGAAAAACCGAAUUCCCUCCACUUACGACAAUUUGAACCAAGAAAUCGGGGUGCUGAAACAAGAAUUGCAAGGAAAAGAUGUGGAAAUCGAGAGGAUACAAAACGAGGCAACAAUGCGUGCCGAAGAAUCAAUGAGAUGGAGCGAGAAGGUGAGCCGAGCCGAGCGAGAGGCCGAGAAAUGGAAAGCUGAAGCUGAAGCCAAUAUUUCCUCGUUGACUCGAGCUAUGGACGAUUUGCGAGAAUUGCGCUCAAGAUAUGAGACUGCGUUGAGCGAUGAACAGAACAGAGGAGCCCAGGCAUUGGAGAGGCAAAAAAGGGAUCACGAGGGAGUACUUGACAAGAUAAUUUCCGACCGAAAACUCGACUCAUCACGUUUCGAGCAAGUCGAGCACAAGCUGAAGUCAGAAAUCGAUGGUUUACGGCGAGAAAGAGAUGAAUUACAAAAACAACUUGACAAUGUAAAUAAAAUGAUGCCAACGAGUUCAACGCCAGCACCAAGUACACCAAGUAUGCAAAAUCGGAGUGUCGAAAAGGAACCAGUACAUCAAACCUACUCCUCAAGAAGUAUUGGUUCACCGACAUUCGCCGGAUCCGAACCAAUUCCCGAGGCUUCUCUACACGAUGUUCUCUUUGGUGAUCACAUGAAUGACACAAUUGAGGGAUCGAUUUACGGAGGAGACGAGUACCCGAUUGCCACCGUUUCACAACUAAAAGAAACACUAAAAGUGGCAGAGCAACAAAACACUACCCUGCGAGAAUUGUUGGCUGAGAGUGAAGGAAACAAUGAAUUAUUCGCUGAUCAGGUUUCUCUGUUGAAAGAAGAAAUUCGUCGAACUCAAAGAAAUAACGAGCGCGAGAAUCACAUCAACAACACCGAGUAUAUCAAGAACAUCAUUUUCCAGUUUAUGAGACCCGAGAAAGUGAGCGGAGAGCGUAGACAAUUGCUGCAAAUUCUCCGAACAAUGCUUCAACUCAACGAUGAAGAGUACAAAGUCAUGUUUGAUAUGACUACUGAAGCAGCCCCAUUAGACUCUCCGUCGACUUCCGGAGUCUCGAGUCUCUCUUCGUUCUUUCACCGCUGGAACGGACUU